UUUGACAUAUGAUAGACGAUAUCGAUUUUUGACAUAACAUAUCUCUUAUACUUUUGUCAACAAUAGAUUUCAAGAUAAAUUUUACUAAAUAAGUUAUAAGAAUAAAAAUGUCCGGAGGGAAAAAGAAAGCUUUAUUCAUAUGUUUAGGCAACAUCUGCCGGUCGCCAAUAGCGGAAGGAGUUUUUCAAAAGGCAGUAAAUGAUAUGGGAGAAGGUGAUCAGUGGGAGAUAGAUAGCGCUGCGAUAGGGAGUUGGCAUGUAGGUAAUCCACCGGAUUGGAGAGCUCUGGAUACUAUGAAAAAACAUGAUGUACCGUACAACAACUGCGCGAGACAGAUAACCUCAGAGGACUUUAAUCAUUAUGACUAUAUAUUUGGAAUGGAUGAAGCUAAUAUGCGGGAUCUAAGCAAGAGAGCACCCAAAGGGUCUAAGGCUAAGCUCUUAUUAUUUGGAGAUUUUGACCCUCAAGGUGAUAGAAUCAUCAGGGAUCCUUACUAUGACAGUGACUCAGCUGGUUUUGAGAAGUGUUAUCAACAGUCAGUGAGAUGCUCGAAAGGUUUCCUGGAGCAGUUACAGAAAGGGGCUAUCAAGUGAAUUUUAACCUAAUAUUAUAGUCAUUCCAAUUGUUUAGAAUUAUAAUAUAAUUGUGUACUUUUUUAUCAUCUUUUUCAAGAAAAGACUUGAAUUAUAAUUUUAUGUGUCUGUGAAAUGGCAUUAAAAAUUAUCACUUUGAAAUGGUGAUUUAAAAUAAUA